AAAUAGUAUUGAAAAAUGUUUAGAGAUUACAAGCAUUUAAAAAUAUAUAUUUUUUGGUCUCUAUUUAUUAUAAAUAUUUCAAAAAUUUAUACGGAAAAUAAACUGCCUUUGAUCAUCAACACUUGGGCUUUUGAAGAAGCAAAUGAGGCAGCCUGGACAUCAUUGCAACAAGGUGAUUCUGCACUAGAUGCUUUAGUGGUUGGUUGCACUACAUGUGAGGAGCAGCAGUGUGAUGGCACUGUGGGCUAUGGCGGUUCACCAGAUGAAAAUGGAGAAACCACUUUGGAUGCCAUGAUUAUGGAUGGUUCAAAUAUGAAUAUAGGGGCUGUGGGUGGCUUAAGACAAAUUAAAUCUGCUGCUAAAGUAGCUAGAAUGGUUUUGGAGCACACACAACAUACUAUGCUUGUGGGUGAUGCUGCCAGUAAUUUUGCCGAAAUGAUGGGCUUUCGUCGUGAGUCUUUGACUACUCCAAAAUCCAAACAAAUUUGGCAAGAUUGGCACAACAAUCGUUGUCAACCUAAUUUUUGGCUUAACGUUAUACCAGAUGCCACCAAACAGUGUGGGCCUUACAAACCUCAUAAUAAAUGGCACAAAAAUGAUAAUGAACGCUAUUCCUAUAAAGUGGAUCAAUGGAAUCAUGAUACUAUUGGCAUGAUAGCAAUUGAUGUAACUGGUAAAAUAUUUGCAGGUACUUCGACAAAUGGAGCUCGUCAUAAAAUUCCAGGACGUGUAGGUGAUUCUCCCAUUCCGGGUGCUGGUGCUUAUGCUGAUAAUGAGGUGGGUGCAGCAGUAGCCACAGGCGAUGGCGAUAUUAUGAUGCGAUUUUUACCAUCACUAUUGGCAGUUGAAUUUUUACGUGUGGGCUUAACACCAGAGGAAGCUGCAGCCAAGAGUAUGGCUAGAAUAGUUAAAUAUUAUCCGCAUUUUAGUGGGGCUUUAGUAGUCACAGAUCGUUGGGGAAAUUAUUCAGCUGCCUGUGUGGGUAUUGAAAGGUUUCCUUAUUCCAUAGCUUUUGGAGAAACUAGUACUAGAGUAGAAUAUAAACAGUGUAUACAGCAAAAUGCCAAAAGAAGUGACUUAAAGUGAUACAAAUAAUAAAUUUAAUUACAAAAUAUUAAAAAAACAAAUUUCAUUAGAUAAAGCCAAAGUCAGUAAUAAAUAAAAAAAUGUUACCGAUAUAAUAGUAAAUACCGUUACCAAUAUUCUAUAAAUAAUUUAAAUACAAAUUUUUGAUUUCAAAAACUAGUUUAUUGAAAUCGAAAUAAAAAAUCUACAAAAUUUAAAAAACCACCCUGGGUUAGCUAUUAGUAGUCAUUUAUGAUAUCACCUAUGUCAACUUAUUUUUAAAUUUUAUUAAUAAAUUAAUUUAGGGUGAAAUUACCGUUAUUAAAGUUACCGCUAAAAUAACGUUGUCCAAAAUAUAAUUAAGAAAAAUAUUUUUUUUGGAAGUUAUCUUUUAUACUUUAAUAUAUGUAUAUUUAAGAUUAAAUUUAUAAAUAUUCGAUUUAAUAAAUUCCAAAAAAUA